UCUUUUAUUUUGUCAUGUAAAAUAUUUGUAGCCGGAUGUUUACUCGUCAGCACUGUAAUACGAGCAUGGCAGUUUCAAACAGAAAACAGCUUUUUAAGUUUAUUAGUCAGUUAGGAGCCUUCAUUCUAACUCGAUUCGGUUUUUGGAACUGCUUCUGUAUGUUGAUGCUGUUUGCUGAGAGAGCGGACUCAAAAAGGAAGCCAGACAUCCAUGUCCCCUACCUGUACGUGGACAUGGGCGUUGCUGUGCUCUGUGCCAGCUUCAUGUCAUUCGGGGUAAAGAGGAGAUGGUUCGCAAUGGCGGCUGCCUUACAGCUUGCUGUCAGCACUUAUGCAUCUUACCAUGGAGAAAAUGUUCACUACAGUGAGUGGCUGAAAGUACGAAUGUAUUCCAGAGCACUGGCUAUUAUUGGAGGCUUCCUGGUUCUGGCCAGUGGAGCAGGAGAGGUUUAUAGACAGAAACCUCGCAGCAGAUCCCUACAGUCCACUGGACAGGUCUUCCUGGGAGUCUACCUCAUUUGCAUGGUAUACUCCUUACAACACAGCAAAGAGGAUAGACUGGCCUAUCUUAACCACAUCGCUGGGGGAGAGAUCAUGGUGAUGCUACUGGAGGUUCUAUUUGGGGUUCUGGCACUGGCCUUUCUCUCUGGCUACUACAUCCGUCUGGCUGCUCAGAUUCUGGCCACGGUGCUCCCUCUGAUCAUCCUGCUCAUCGAUGGGAACCUGGGAUACUGGCACAACACUCGCAAGGUGGAAUUCUGGAACCAAAUGAAGCUGAUGGGACAUAAUGUGUGCAUCUUUGGAGCUGCGCUGAUACUUGCAACUGAUGGCUGAACCACAGAGUAUCACAGACUUGUAGAACGUUUCUAAAGUUGCUGGGACUUCUCAGGAUUCAAAUGCAUGAAGAUGAAAAUGGUUGAACAAAACCACAAUGGCCGUUACAUGUUUGCCUCCCUCAGUGUAACAUAAUACAAGAAACACUGGAGCUUUCUCUGCAAUUUCACGUUUACAUUUCUUUUCUGUUAUGCGAGUGUUACAACAUGAAUAAUUUGUAUAAAAAAUUUGUAUUAAAAUAAAAACACACUAUGUCUACUCAUUUGUAGAAA